AUGACUGAUGUGUUUGAGAAGUUUCUGUGGUUCGUCAGCUCCGAGAACUACCUGAUCAUCGCAGGACGAGACCAGCAGCAGAACGAGAUGAUCGUCAAGCGCUACCUGAGAGCAGGGGACGUUUACGUUCACGCCGAUCUGCACGGAGCCACGAGCUGCGUGAUCAAGAACCCGUCUGGCGAGGCUGUUCCUCCGCGGACGCUCACCGAGGCCGGGACGAUGGCCGUGUGCUACAGCGCAGCGUGGGACGCUAAAGUGGUCACCAGCGCGUGGUGGGUUCACCAUCAUCAGGUGUCCAAAACCGCGCCGACGGGAGAGUAUCUGACCACCGGCAGCUUCAUGAUCAGAGGGAAGAAAAACUUUUUGCCCCCUUCAUAUCUGAUCAUGGGCUUUGGGUUUCUGUUUAAGGUAAAGACGUCGCCGACACGAAACAAUGACAACAUAAUCACAUCAUAUGACGCAUUAAUGCUAAGAUAGCGUGGCUUGGUGGUUAACUCUUUCACCGCCAGCAUUUUUGAUCAUUUUCACACAAAUU